CGUUUUUAGUUUUGAUCUGGCUUUCAACGCUUGCACUUAUUGAUUGUAUUUCAUAGUUUUAUUUUACAAUUUUGAAAGUCCUAUUUUUCAGCAAUUUUUAGCAGUGCGUAUUAAGUGUACUUCUUAUUAAAAGUUACAAAUGACAAAUCGUAAUCAGUGGUCAGUUUACAAAUUGCCCAGUUCGACAAAUACGAAAUGAGAGUUGUUUUACCAAUACGCGAUUUUAAAUUUUUUAUCAGCGUCUACUUUGUCAUAGCAUUAAUAGGUUUAUCAAUGGCAUCGAUUUACGAAGACGAAGACCGAGUAAACUCUGAAGGUAUGUGGCAAAAGCCAUCUAAACAUCUUGAACCCAAGAUGAGUGCUUCAACUGGCCAAGGGAAUUCCCGAUUUGAUGUUGGAGGAAUUCUCACAGCAGCAGGGCUUAAAACUGGGGGCAGUCUUCUCGGCCUCGUAGUCUUCCCGUUUAUAUUCCCAGUUGUUGCGUUGCUCUCCAUUGCUCUAUUCAUAAUCUCCGUGUUUGGAGGAGCAUCUCCUAUGAUAGCGAGUGGUCGUAGGGUUGACAACAAUGCAAAAUAUGGUCUGGCCGCACGAAUAGUGGAAGUUCUGGGCAGUGAGGACUGUGUUGAACGCAUUGGCUGUGAGAUAUUUGAUAUGAUGGGACAUAAAACUAAGCUCCUCAGACUGCUGCGGAAACUAAACUAUUUCCCGGAACCCGACAAGGCUGCUGGUGCGACAGGACAAAGUUGUUCCAUUUUCAAGUGCGGUGUCCGAGACCUAAUUGCAAGAACGUGGGGAUAAGGACCAACUUAUUCUACGGAAUAAUAUAUUUCUCUGUAUAAACGACUAACCAAUUCUGCAUGCAAUCCAUUCACAAGAACGAGAUCACCUUUACCAUAAAACUGUAUAUUUAUAGCUUUAUCAAUAAAUUAUCAUCACCAAAUAUAAAUUGCCAAACGAGUGAGACAGCUCUAAAUCAUUA